UUGUUUUCUGGCUCCCUCCCCUCACGCAACGCGCCCGCGCGCGCCGGGGGGUGGGGUGGGGGGGCCUAGCCGCCUCCCCCUUCGACCCCGCCUCCUUCCCCUCCUCCCCGCCGCCGCCGGCGAGCGCUGUCGGGCGAAACCGGGUGCAAGCGGCGGCGGCGGCGGGGCCCUUCUUCCCCCUCUGCUCAUGGGGCGCCGGCGCGGGGCGGCUCCCUCGAGUGGCGGCGCCGGGCGGCCGCGGGGCUCAGCGACGCGAGGGCAGUCUCGCGGGGCGGCGCGGUGGCCGGCUGGUGGUGGCGCGCCGGCGUCCUGGAUUCCGCGCGCGGCAGGGCGGUUGCGACGCUCCCAUCUCGGGAGGUGGCGCGCGGACGGACUCCUGUUGGAUCCGGAUGGAUCUAGCGAUGGGGGUCGGCCGGCGGCGCGUGGUAGCGGUGGUGCGUGCUCGGCGGCUCCGGCGCUCAGAGCUCGUCGGACGACGCGGGUAGGGCAGCGGCUGGUCGUGGCCGUUGCUCCCGCCGUGGGCGGCGGUGUGGGGAGGUCCGGCGGCGGUGGCCUCCCGGUGUCGUGGCGGCUUCACGGUGGCUCGGCGGAUCGGCCUGGGGCGGCCGGCUUCUUUGGCGUCGGCUCGUCUGCGGUCGGACCGUUUCGACCUUCGACCCAUCUCCUCGUCGCCGGGCGCUACUUCCAUCGAAGGGCUGGCCCUCUCCCAGCUGCGGUCCAUCGCUCGUCUCGCGCCCGGUGCAACAGGACCGAGCUCGUCUCGCGCAUGGUGCAGCAGGACUAACCUCAUCCUCCUCACGGUGUUGCAGGACCGAGCUCGUCUCGCACUCGGGGCUGCAGGACGGGUCGAUGGAUGCCAGUGCUAGCCGGCCUAUUGGGUCUCGACGUUGGGGGUCGCCCAGGGGUGCGAAAGGUGGGACCUUUCUGCUUGUCUCUUUGGUUGGGGUAGCGGCGUGUCUCGGGUGAGGUGGUGUCAAGAUCUUGGGUGCCGGGGCGGCGCCCCUGGUGGCGGUAGCGCGGUGCUCUUGGGCAGAGCCCGUGGCCUGGUGCUGCCCGGUGGCCAUGGCCUUGUGGGCGGUGUGGUAGCUGGGGUGUGGCGUUCGGUGGCGGUGAGUGUUGGCCGGGGUGAAAACAUGUUCUAUCUUCUAACGGACCGGCGGCGGCAAAGUUGUUCCCUUCUUGAAGGCGUCGUCGCGGCUCCAGGGGAAACUCUGAUCCUCGGAUCGGGCGGUGGCGGCGCUCUGGUGUCGUAUCCUUCCUGAAGGCGCCGCCUUGGAGUCCACGGUUCGUCGUAUGCGGCUUCAUCUCUUCGUGGUGGUAGUGCUAGGAGUGGUGUUGCUGCGCUCAGCGCCUAUGUAUCCUGCCUUGGGUGUGUGUGUGUGUUGGUGGCGUGCGUUUGUACCGGGUGAUGUUGAUUUUUGCUUUAUAUAUAAAGCGGGGCGGAAGCCUUUUUCGGUAAAUUGUUUUCUGGAAUAAGAUGAACUAGCCAAACCCCUUAAGACUUUAAAACCGCACCAUCAUUCUUCUUGAAGACACUGAUUGCCGUUCAACGUGCAGUUUGUAUCCUCUGUUACUUACUAGCAUACAACGCAUAGCAGUUCUAUCAUAGGGGAUGACGAGGUAUUACAGUGGGUGGAGCUGACAGACUAAUUUUAGUUUUCAUAGGGUCGGAGGGGGUGCUUGUAGGGUUAGCAACAAAUUUGAGUGACAGCCUAUUUCUCUGGUAGAGUGUAUAUGGCCUUCUUAUAUUUUGAUUUUUGAAUCCUAUUA